AUGAGCAAAUGUAAAGAGAGGGAGUUUGACAGUGAUGACAAUAACAUUUACGAUGUAGAAUUUGUUUAUGGUAAGAAAAUGUUCAAAAAAAGAACCUAUUAUGCUGUUAAAUGGCUGGGAUGGACAAUAUAGCAAAUGUCAUGGGAACCUGUUUCCAAUUUCACGAGUAUCCAUAGUUUAUUUAACUUUGUAAGACGCUUAGAAACAAGACUUUGCUAUUCUUUAUACUACAAAAAGGUUGCUCAAAAUACAAAUGGUAUACGAGUCCAUAUAAAAGGGAAGUUUUGCUAAAUCUAAUAAGUUAAUACCAAUCUCAAAAAAAAGUCAAUUGGGUGCGAAAAAUAGAUUGUAUCAUGCUCUUAGGAUACCUCAUCUCCAUUUGAUAAGGCAUAGAAGAUUAUUACAUAUAUGAAACAAAAUUUUUUAACCUCAAAUAAUAGUAAGAUACAUUAAAAAAUCUAAAAAAAAGUAUGCAAAUAAAAAAACAAUUUUAGAAAAAUUCUAAAUUAAUAAGAAAAUAAUGAAGUAAUCUCUAUAACAAGCCUAUCCCCAAUUAGAUAUGAAGUGCCAAAACAAAACAAGAAAAAAAGUAAGUAAAAUAAGAAGGAAUCUAUUGAUUAUGAGUUAGAAAAAGAUAUUAAAUUGCUCAUUUAAAAUGAAUUAUAAGAAAAAAAAUUGAAAAAAAAAGAAUCACAAACUUAAAGGCAGAAAUAGAUUUUAAGUUAAAAGAAUAAUAAUAAUAAUAAUAAUAAUAAUAAAGUGUUUGUGAAUGUUAAAUUAUUCUCAAUGAACCUGAAAAUACAGAACUAUCAAAAUUAAUUUAACAAAAUAAAAAUCAAGAAAAACCCAUAAAAUUAUCUUAGUGGAACAACAGCUUUAGAAUUCCCUAAGACACAUAAUUUAUCAAGCUUCGAUGUUCAAGAAAAAAUAAGCUAACCUUAAGAAGAAUCUUUUGAAAUAGAUUUGCAGUUAACAGAAGAUUGUGAAUAGUAGCAGAAACCAUAAUAAUUAAAUGAGUUAGAAAAAUUAAAAGAUGUCCAUAUUUAAAAUUUUGUUUCAGUUUCAACAAGUUCUCUUAAAAAUUAGUGUUCAAAGUUUAGAGUUGUGAAAUCAGUUUUCAAUCCAAAAAUAAUUAAAAAUACUACCUAAGAGGAUUCUAAUGUCAAUAAAAAGACUGAAAAAAAUUUCAUUUCUCAAAUAAUGGAGGUAGAACAAAAAGGAGAGGGUUAAUAAAAGGAAAAAUUUCCUUUCAUGCAAUUAUUCUAUAGAGAACCAAAAAUUCAAACUAGUGUGAAAACUAGCUAAUAAAUUUAACAGGAGAUAUAGAAACUAUAAUUGGAGAAAAUUAAAUUAAACAGGACUAACAGAUGCAGCAUUCUAAUAAUACCUAAGCUAAAAGAGGUUGGAGUCUAAUAUAUUAAAAAUAACUUUAUGAAUACUGAAUUGAUUCUCUAUGAUAUGGAGUUAAAUGAGGUCAAAUUAAAAUAAAUAAUUGUAGAGACCAUUGAAUCUCAUCAUUUUUUAAUAGGAAAACUUCUUUUUAGAUGUCUUUAUGAGGAUGGGGAUCAAUAUUAUGUGGAAUAUGACACAUUGAAAAGAUAUUGUCCAACAUUAUUAUUAGAUUACAUGAUAGUAAAUUCAAUAUUAAUAUGA